AUGGUCUGUGGAAUUUUUAACCUAGUAACCUCUCAGUCUUUCACUGCGGCUUUUGUUUAUGCAAGGAACCUUAAGGAAGAGCGAAUAAGGCUAUGGUCAGACAUUCUUCAGCUUUCUUAUUCGGCCCUUGUAAGAAACUCUCCCUGGAUUACCCUGGGUGAUUUCAAUCAGGUUGCAGCAGUCUCAGAAGUUUACUCUCUGUCUGAACCAAUCAUAUCCCCUGGUGGCAUGGAAGAGUUUAAUAGCUGCAUGGCUUCAAGCGAAAUCUUCGACAUGUCCUUCCGAGGCUGUCAAUUCACCUGGACAAACAAAAGCAUCACCAACCUCAAGGCAAGGAAACUUGACAGGGCAUUGAUUAAUGAAGCUUGGUUAGAACAUUAUCCAGACUCUUAUGCUUACUUCGACGCUCCAGGCACCUCAGAUCACUCUCCCUGUCUGAUCUACUUAUCCAACGACCUCUCGAUGCGGAAAACGCGUUUUGUCUUCUUCUCGAUGUUCACAACUCACCUGGACUAUGCUUCUCAGAUCAAAGAUGUUUGGUUAGCAGAUAUUCAGGCUUCCUCUUCGAUGUUUGACUUGUACCAUCGCUUGAAAACUGCGAAGUCAGAUUGCUAA